AGUCGUAGUCAGCUCGUUCAUCAUUAUGAUCGUAGUACAUAUGGAAGCAAGGGAGUUUGGACUAUAUGCGCACACCAGCGCUCGAGCCUGAGAAUGCUCAGGAUACGUUGAACAGCAUGACAGCUUGAAGCUGUAAAUUUAUAUCGUAUUAGACAGCGCAUGCCUCAUAUCCGCAGCACUCUACCCCGUGUCUUCCUAACUACCACGCCAGCAAGCUGCGCAUCGUCGACCUUUCUCAAGCCAACGACCGUACUAUAACUGGGCAAUUGAGCCUUUACGUGCGACACCCAACACUUGCUACCACGUUUCUGUGGCCAGCUGCCAUUGACCGGACUAACUUUGGGCCCUAGGCUUGGUGGAGCUGGGAGCUUGGAAGCUGCUUGAUCUACCAUGAGUUUGGACCAAAAUCUUUUCACACUCCUUCUUACGCCGAAUGCCUCUGCUCCAAAUGAACUCGUGACUGACCUCACCGACCCUUCGGGAAACGUACACUAUCGCAAACGACGUAUACCCGGGCAGGUAUAUAGAAUCGAGGUGUAUGAGCCCAUCUCAGACUCUCUGCUCGCCUCCGCUACUUCUCCGAGUGCAACAAGUAAACACAAAACGGUGGAAUUAUACAAUCCCUCGAAAGCCAUUGAGCUGAAAUAUACCGGGACCCUCACCUUCCGAUGGUCCUUCAAAUGGGAAGAACACGAAUUCGAGUGGAAACGAGAGGAGUGUUACAUGAUUAGAAAGCCCGACCCUCCGGUCUUGGUUGCUGUGACCAAGGAGCCUCCGGGUAGAAUAAAGACAUCAUCCAUCCAGAUUCUAGAUUACAAUCUCAAUAGGUUUGAUAUAGAAGAUCGAAAAGGGCUGGAGAUCGUUAUCCUGACUGCAUUGCUCACUUUUCAAGAUGCUAGUGAUUCGUACCACGAGUCACCCAACGACAGCAAUCCAACGACACCCCCUGCUGUUCUUCCUACGACUACUUCAGUUCUAAAGAAUCUUACAGAUAUGACUACGCGCAAAGUAUCAGGUGGACCAACAUCCUCUCCGCCUGUCCCACCACCAAAACCCGCGCCAAAGACAGGUGUAGGAAGGAUCGCCGAAAUCCAGGCAUCGAGGGGCGAAGUCAACGAGAUCUUGAUCGUCAAUGAAUGUUCUUUUAAGGACUACGCGCAGUAUUGCGCACGGAUGCUGCAGGAUGAAGCGAUGCUGUUUAUAUCCAUACGCUCUUCAGACGCAACCCAGGUUCCCAAAGUGUUGCAAGUAGUCGAGGAGACAAAACGUAUCCGGCACAAAGCGGGCGAGAAAGAUCUUCAUCAGUACGUUUUGUAUGAUACAGUUCAGAUACCACCCAAGGGCCCGAAAACGAUUAACCUGGACGAUCAUAAAGACAAAGGGAAAGGCAAGGAUUAUACCCCGCCGAACAAUAUGGUAGUCCAUCUAAGUAAGAUCGACAUGCCCGAGUUACGGCCAAGGAGCGUUAAAUUUCUCAUCCGCCCUGGAGAAGCCUCGGGUGCAUUGAACAAGGAAACUCGCAAGGAGAGAGAAAAGAAAGUUAAAGAAUCAAGUGACAAGGAGCGGAAGGAGAGGAAGAAGCACGAGAAAGAGCAUGCGACAGAGAAGGCAAAGCUUCGGUCAAAGUCUAGUGCGCCAGCACUCGCUUCCCAUGCCUAUCCACAUCCAGCUUCGACAUCGCAGCACCCACGCAAACAUCCGCACCAAUCGCAUUCACACAAACCGUCACCCUCACAGCUCAACAACCCUGCGUUCUAUUCGGUUCCUCCACUGCCUCCCCGCCCGAUGUACCGUGGGGCUCCGCCACCUGAAUGGCACUCGAAUCAUGGGACAUACCCGGUGACAUACCGUGUCCGUUACUCAUCUAGCCCUCAACAUCUCGAACCCCCUGUUUCUCCAUCACCGCUAUCCUCGGCUGGGCUGCUCGCUAAACUACUUGGGAGGUGAACCCUACCACCUUGUUGGACAUCUCCUUACGCUCCACUGCCGUUGAACGGCAAUGCACAUUGCGGUGUAGAAUCUAAUUUAUUUCAACUCUUCGAGGAUAUGUAUGCUAUACCUUACAUUGCUGAUAUGCAAACGAGUACCAUCGCAUUCGUCUUCCUAAAUUCCAAUGUGGGGACUAACGACAUGCUCCGCUUCCGCGCACUGCCCUCAGACUUGUCCGCGACACCUAUUUCAGCCUUCCACUGUCUGCUGGGAAUGAUCCGGAUCAUCAUCAUCGCUACGUUUGACAGCUAGUUGUUCAAGAGUUCCGAGGAGUUCCGGAUGGUAGGUUUCAGUACCUAGCUCGCCAAGUAUACGCGCCGAGUGCUGUCAUUACUGAUG